AAACCAAAGAACCUUAAAGAAGAAACUCAAAUAUACAGAGAAAAAUGAAGGCAGAACAAGUUGAUGAUCAGGUUCAUGAGGCUGCAGGCGAAGCACACCGAAGAAAAGGGGUGAAUAUAGGGGUCUCUAUACUGGACCUGUUCUUUAGAAUUGGUGCUAUUGUUGGAACACUGGGAAGUGCCCUGGCCAUGGGUACUACAGAUCAAACUCUACCAUUUAUCACACAGUUCUUCCAAUUUCGAGCUCAAUAUCACGAUCUUCCCUCUCUCACGUUCUUUGUGAUUGCCAAUGCCAUCGUGUGUGGCUAUCUUGUUCUUUCUCUCCCCAUAUCUACUUACCAUAUCAUCAGGAGUAAAGCACACAUCAGUCGUGUCAUCUUGCUCAUCUUUGAUACUGUCAUGCUAGCUCUAGUUACAGCCGGAGCCUCUGCAGCUGCAGCUAUUGUAUACUUAGCACACAAGGGAAACGGCAAUGCCAACUGGGCUGCAAUUUGCCAGCAAUUCAAUUCCUUCUGUGAACGCAUCUCCGGUUCUCUCAUCGGCUCAUUUGGCUCGACUGUUCUGUUCAUUCUCAUAAUCACCACAGCUGCCAUUGCCAUCUCUCGUCGCUGAUGCACCAUUUAUCCAAGCGGAGUGUAAGUAUGUGUAAUAUGUUGUUUGUUCUAAAUGUUUCUUUCUACAUGGAAGUAUGCUUUGAGACUGAGAAUUAAUAUUAGUUCUGUUCUUCUACAUGUCUAUAGCAUAUAAAAAGACUAAUACAAGAGGAACACUGUA